AUGUCAUAUCAGUUCUUCGCCUUUCCUCAUUUCCCUUUCUUCUUCUUUCUUUCUUUCUUUUUUCUUCCACCCUUUUUCUUUCUCAUUCGCCUAUUCUUUUUUUUACUCUAUUACUUCUCAACUUUCAUCUUUGGUACUGUCACAUUUUUAUUUUUAUUCGUCCUCUCUUCUGUUUUGUUUCUUUUCUUUUAUGAUCUCCUUCUUUCCCUCUUUACGGCUUUUCUUUUUAAAUCCCUAUCCGUAUUUAUCUUACUCUCUUUUGCUCUUUUCAUUUUUCACUUUUCCGUUUUCUCGCAUUCGUCUUUUUCUUUUGCUCUUUAUUCUCUUUCAUUCUCUUUCGCUUUCUUCCUCUUUUUCAUUCUCUCCAUUUUCCAUCUCUCUCUUACUCUCUCAUACUUUCUUCAGUUAUUCAUAUUAUUGCUUUUUACCUUCAAUCUCCGUUUCUUUCUUUUUUUAUCGCUCUCUCUCUCUUUCUCUCUCUCUCUUUCAGUACCUUCAUUUCUUUUUCUUCCGUUUCACUUUCUCUCCGUUUUUUAUAAUGUUGUUAUUAUUGCCUACACAUCUUCGAUUUCUUUCUUUUAUAUUCACCUUCCUUCAUCUUAUUUCUUUUUUAUUUCUCUCUCUUUCUUACAGUUUACCCAUACCAAAUAUUUUUUCUGUUACAUUCUUUCUAUUAACCUCUCUCUCUCUCUCUCUCUCUCUCUCUCUCUCUCUCUCGUUCCCUCUCGCUCUCUCUUGCUCUCUCUUUCGUACUUUCGAUUUAUUUCAUCCUUUUGCCAGACUUUUCAUAUUCUUUCUCUCUCUCUUUCUUUCUCCACAUAUUUUUCUUUUUUUUCCAGCUCGGUUUUCUUUAUUCUUUCUUUUCUUUCUUUUCCCUCUUUACUCAUCCUCAUGCUAAUUUUUCUUCAAAACACUUUCCUACUUUAUUAUCCGUACACGACACGACAAUCAUUUAAAGCAGUUUUCUCUUUUAUCCUCUUUCUUCUCUCUCUUUUUUCUCUCUCUUUGUUCUUGUUUUUCUUCUUCUUCUUCUUCUUCUUCUUCUUCAGGUGUUGUUCUCCUUUCUUCAUCGUCAAACUUCCUUUUAAUUGCACUUUUCUUCUUCCUUCGAAUUCUCUUUUUUUCAACUAUAUUAAUAUUCAUUUUUCUUCUUCACUUUUUCUUCUUUAUUUUCCAAUUUUAACCUUUCUUUUUCUUUCAAAUAUAAAGAAUUCUAUUUUUUUUAUUUUCUUCUUCUUCUUUAAUUUUUGUCUUUUCUUUAUUCUUUCUUUUCUUUGUCGCUUUUCCGAUAUAUCUUCUUAUACUUUACUGAUCUUUUUUGCUCUCUUCAAGUAUUUUCCUUGUACUUCACUUUUUCUAAUCUCUUCCUUCUCUUCCUUUAUUCUUUACUCUUUCUUUUUAUUUCUCUUUUAUUUGUCUUUAUCUUUUUCGUUCUUCUUCUUCUCUUGCAUACAACACAAACGAAUCCCAAUAUCAGUUUCACGCGUUUUCUCAUACAUAAUCACACGAAACCAUAUGCACCGCUGUACACACGCGCGCACUCAGACGCACACACCUUCACAGUCACAUUUCUUUUUCAGAGCCGAGAAGGAAAUCAUUCCCACUGUCACUACCAUGCCGUAA